AUGGAUUUGGUGACGCAUAUGUCGAAGUCCGACCGAGGGAAUACGUUUCUAUUACUAUUCCAAGACAUGUUCUCUGGAUAUGUAAUGUACAAACCGAUGGACUCAACCACCGCUCAGGCUGUCGCGAAAGCUUACGAAGAACGUGUAGAUCGGAACUUUGGAGCCAGUUCAAUGAUCCGGCACGAUCAAGACCCCCGUUUCAUGAGCGAGCAAGCCACUUUGGGAUACCAACCUCAAGCAAACGGGCAACAAGAACGAUCGGUUCUAACGGUCGUCAGGAGUAUCCGCCCCUAUAUUGAACAGGCCGACCAAAGCGACUGGGACGAUCAUUCGGAAAGGUUGAUGUUUGCCCUAAACACGUCGUUUGACGCGACAUGUUUGGACACCCCGUUCUAUAUGAUCCACGGUUGGAAUCCACAACGCACUCUGAAGACGAUGUUGGGUCCAACACCAUCAAGU